AUGGAGGGCAUUGGUGACGAAAUUGGUGACGAAAUUGGUGAAGGUAGUCGCGAGGUUGAAGUAGAAGAGGAAGAAGAAGACUUCAUAUGGAGGUAUGAACCACAAUCCUCCUCCGACGAAGAGGAGGGUGGUGAGGAUUGUUUCACAACCCCAAAAAAGCGAAUGGUAGUAACUGCCUACGGGGAAGAGGAGGAAGUUCUUGAAUUGAAGGUUGGUAUGGUGUUUCCUUGUUGGGAGGAGAUUGAAGAACAGUUUAGGGGGUAUGCCAAACAAAAGGGUUUUGGUAUUGCCUGUCGUUGUGGUACGGUGAAAUCUGUGGUUGGCUCUGAUAAAGAGAAAGGAAUCGGGAAAGAGAAGCGUAAUUGUUUGUGGACUUGUGAGUGCUAUGGUGUGCCGGAAAGAAGGCGCAAGGCAUCCGAUUCACUCCAUGAAGUAAUUGGGAGUGGGGUACGCAAGUCUAAGAAAUGUCAAUGUCCCGUACAUGUAUUUGCAAGUGUAAAUAAGUUAGGAGAAUGGGUGAUACGUAGAGCAGUAAUGGUUCAUGAAAAUCAUCACCCCACCCCUAGUAAGUCUAGGAUUAUUGCUUAUAACCGGAAGAAGUUUUUAAGGGAAAAUCCUCAUGUGUUGAGACAAGCGAAUGUAUGUUCGCAAUCUGGUAUGUCUGUAGCUCAAACUUAUAACUUAAUGGCGGUGCAACGGAAUGGUAGAGGUAGAAUGCCUUUCCUACGGAAGGAUCUUAAUGGAGUGGUUGUGAAGGUGAGGAAGGCAAGGACAAGUGGUGGUGAUGCGAGGGCAAUGUUUGACUAUUUUAAGAAGAUGAAAGCGGAUAAUUCUGAUUUUUUUCACGUGUACUGGCAAGAUGCAAAAGGGAUGUUGCAGGAUGUUUUAUGGGUUGAUGCUCGUAGUAGAGCUGCUUAUGAGGAGUUUGGUGAUGUUGUCUGCUUUGAUAGUACGUACUUGACCAAUAAAUAUAAAAUGCCGUUUGCGAACUUUGUUGGUGUAAAUCAUCAUGGUCAGAGCAUAUUACUUGGAUGUGCGCUUGUUUCGCAUGAAAAUAGUGACACAUUUGAGUGGAUUUUCGGCAAUUAG